AUGGAAAGGCUCAACUCGAAGCUGUACUUGGAGAACUGCUACAUAAUGCAAGAGAACGAGAAGCUAAGGAAGAAGGCCCAUCUUCUCAACCAAGAGAACCAGGCUCUCCUCUCCGAACUCAAGCAGAAGGUUUCCGAGACAAAGCCCAGCAGCAGCGGCACCAGCUCAAAGCCCAGUGGGGGCUCGGACUCUAUUCCGGACCUCAAUCUUGGCCCAAAUGGGUCGGGCAAGCCCUGA